CAACUGUCUACAGACUCCAACAGCCCUAUAUAAGAAAGCACUGCGUCCCCGUCCUCACGACCUUUACGACCACCAUCACGUUGAAGCAUGUAUUCGAAUGUGCCAUCCGAGAACCCGCCUCCCUAUGACGCUGCAAUGAGCGAGGCUGGAGGCUCGGCCGCUCCUACCAUGUCGACUGACAAGAGGCAGGAUAAGGCUGCCAAGGAGCAACCGCAGGCGCCGACGCCCUACCAGCCCGAUCCCGCGCCGUCAUCACCGUACCAACCGACAUCCCCGCCCCCGUUCAUGCCGCCCACUCCCGUAUAUCAUUAUGUCAAUCCGCGCACAGGGGAACAUAUCGCGUCGCUGUUGCCACCCGACCAUCCGGAGAUGGUCUGCCUCCAAGAAGGCAGGCAUAUCGCCGAGACACGGUAUGGGAUACUGGGUGUUCUUGCGGCGAUACUUUGGUUUCCGCUUGGGGUCGGCCUCUGCCUUCUUGACCGGAAGGUGCGAUGCCGUCGGUGUGGCAUGAUGAUCGACGAGGGCCUUUGUGGGUGAUGUUCUCGGGUUUCAUAGCCAUCUCUCCGCCUCUUUUCCUUCACUCAUACUAUAGCUACUUCCGCGGACUUGUCCUUGUAUAGUUCCGUUCCACUGUAUUUCUAUAGCGAAUAAUACGGGGCGCGACGUAGCCCGCCGGGGAAGCCUUCCAUCCUUUCAUUUAUGAGGCCUAUGUACUGCCUGGUUCUUUGUGACUCUGGCAUUGCGUUUCCG